AAAAUAUUUGUUAAUACUAUUUCGAGAAAUACGCACAAUUUCUUUAAAUAUUGCAACAGAUUGUCUAACAAUCAUUAUACAAAUAUUUUCGUAAUAAUUGCUACGAUAUAAAUACAACGUGAACCAAAUGAUUACUAAACAAAAACAAAUUAAAAACGUAGAAAACAAAUGAGACACGUAAAAAUCGAAUUUUAUCGAAUUUCGAUCUUUUCGAUCCCUAUCGAUUAUUUUCAAAAUACAAUAAUAAUAUUAAAAAACGAUCCAUCAAUUUGGUUUCUAUGGGAAUACUCCGAUAUUGUUUGGAGUUGUAUUAUUUAAUAUUCUAUGGUAAUAUAAAUCCGUUUAUAUUUCUCCGAGUAAAAAACUCAAAACAAGGAGUUCAAUAAAGUGUUUAAAAAAAAAAAAAUAAAUUAAGAAUUUUUUCAAAAAAAAAAAAAAAACAAUGUCCGUAACAAAUGGAAUUACAGCAAGUAAUGGUUUGACCGGACAAGAAGGAAUACCAGAAUGGGAUCAAAAUAAUACAACAACAUUGAUACAAAUGUACAAAGAAAGAAAAUGCCUUUGGGAUACUAGUCACGAGUUUUACAAAAAUCGACGCUUUCGUCGCGAGGCACUUACAGAAAUGGCGAAUCAUUUCAAUUGUUCUUUGGCGGAUGUUGAAAAAAAAUUAUACAUGCUUCGUAGUUCAUUUCGCAAGGAAUAUCGUAGAUGGAAUUAUGCCAAAUUAAAUGCAGGACCUAACAAUACGUUUUUAGUUAGAAAACCACAAUGGUUUGCAUUGGAUUUAUUAAUGUUUCUUAAGGAUGACGUUAUUAAAAAAUCAUUGAUACCAAUAAAUCAAAUUAAAAUAGAAAAUUGUAAUCAACAACAACAGCAACAGCAACAACAGCAACUGAUAAAUCAAGCCAAUCAACAAUUUCAUCAAGAUCAUACAAAAUUGCAACAAGAGACUCAACAAAAGCAUCAACAACAACAACAACAACAACAACAACAGCAAUCUCAAAAGGAUUUGGAUUUAAACGUACCGGUAAUAAUAUUAAUAUAAUAAUCUUUUAUAUUUAAAACAAUUAACACACGUUUCAUUAUAAAUAAUAUUCUUAAAUAAUCAUCCUGUAUAUUUUUUUCAUCUUUCCCCCUGUCCCAAUUGUAGGAAAUUCAAAAUGUUUUUUAUUACGACAGCGAGAACAGUACUUUAACGCCAUUGGAACCGGGCGAAGUUACUUUGGAUUACAAUUUACAAUCAAUACAAGUAUCCGAUAGAAAACAAUCGCCUGGUAAAAUAUUAAAAAGAAAUGUUAACGUUGAAUCAUCAUCAAAUCAAAUUGAUGUAUCAUCUAAUAGCAACAGCAAACGUCAAAAAUAUAAAGAACCGGAUGAUACAAGAUUAAGAUUAAUAAAAGCAUCAACGAUAGAUAAUAUACAAGAUAAAGAUACUUUUACCGCGUUUGGCAAUUUUGUUGCUGAAGAAUUGCGAAAUAUGAAAGAUAGCAGUCAGAUGCAGUUAGCCAAAUUACGAAUUCAUCAAAUAUUAUUUGAUGCUAAUCGUAAUGUUCUUAAAGUUCCAAUACCAAGAUUGUAAUUUAAAAAAAAAAAA